AUAUAGAAGGCUGACACACAUGACGUGAAUGAUUUUCUGUGAAUCAUGAAGCGUGAGUUAUAAAAGCGGCAUUUGUGAAUUGGACUGUGAGAAGUUUGCGAACUCAGAGUGGAGAACGUGUGAAAAAAAGGAAGGGAUUUAUCACGACUAGUUGGAAUACACCCCACCAUUCGCGAUCAUUUGCAUACCGGCUUUCCUCUGGCGUUCUAGCUUUCCAAGUGUAAGUUUACUUCGAGCUCUCGUCUCGACAGCUGCUCCAGCGGUACGGCCACAGACGAUGGACUUUGAAACCAGGAUUUACCCCCGAAUCGGUGGUUUUGGGCGAUACAACCGCAUUGUAGCGUUUUUCAGCUGGAUUCCAAACUUUGCUGUAGCGUUGAACCUUUUCUGCGAUAUCUUUUUCACGUUGAUUCCGGAGUCGUACCACUGCAAACCGGACCCUUCCCUGCUGCCCUCCGGCUUUCUGCUAAGCAAUCUCUCCACACAGGAGUACCUCAAUUUCACUAUUCCCUGGGUGAAGGGGUCUGGCUUGAGCCACUGCGAAUUGUACGAGUACCCCGCCAACUUCACCAAUUUUACAGAAACGCUUCCCAAAGAAGUUGUGCACUGUACAAGAGGAUGGGAAUACACGCACGAAGUGGGUCUUCAGAGCAACUAUGUAACCGAGUGGGACCUGGUGUGUGGAAACUACUGGAAGAUCCCUGUUCAGCACAUCUGCUUCAUGACAGGCUGGAUCCUGGGCUAUGUCCUGCUGGGCACUGCCUGUGACUGGCUUGGCAGAAGGCAGGGGUUCCUGCUCUCCGUUGCUCUCUCUGGCCUGCUGGGCGUGGCCGUCUGUCUGUCCAACAGCCCCACCGUGUUCCUGCUGCUUCGCCUUUCCCAGGGGGCCGUGCUCGCCGGCGUCUUCCUGUCCUCGUACAUCGCCCGUCUUGAGCUAUGUGACCCUUCUCACCGCCUCAUGAUUGCCAUGAUUGGUGGGUUCUUCGCCGUGUCUGCCGAGCUGUUGUUGCCAGGAUUGGCGUUGCUGUGCCGUGAUUGGCCCGUGCUGCAAGCUGUUGCCACCCUCCCCCUGCUUUUCCUGCUCUCCUAUUGGUGCUGUUCCUCCCUGUUUCCUGAGUCCCCUCGCUGGCUCCUGGCGACUGGUCAGAUCCUUCAGGCCAGGAAGUCUGUCCAGAGCUUCUCCACCAGAAACGGCGUGUGUCUGAACGAAGAGAUCUACCCUGCGGAGACCGUGCUGUCAGAGAUGGACGUGGCGUAUUCCGAGGACUCCCCACCCCGGUACCAUCACGUGCUGGAACUGCGCCACACGCGGGUCAUCUGGAGGAACUGCCUCAUCCUGGGGUUCACCCUGUUCAUCGGCACGGGGAUCCAGUACUGCUUCACCAGGAACCUGCACGCUUUCUCCGCGCGCUUCUACUUCGGCUACUUCCUGCGCGUGGGGACCGGCGCGGCGGCGUGCGUGCUGCUCUGCAUGUCCGUGGACCGCAUGGGCCGCCGGGGCGUCCUGCUGCUGUCGGCCAUCGUCACGGGCCUGUCCUCCCUGCUGCUGUUGGCCCUCACUCAGUAUCUGCGGGGAGGGCUGGUGCUUGUGCUGUCCCUGAUUGGCCUGCUGUCCUCCCAGGCCCUGGCCAUGCUGAGUGUGUUCUUUGCCAGUGAGGUCAUGCCCACGGUGGUGCGCGGCGGGUCUCUGGGGCUGAUCCUGGCGGCGGGCUGCGUGGGCAUGGCGGCCUCCUCGCUGAUGGAGCUCCAGAACAACGCGGGCUACUUCCUACACCACGUGGUGUUCGCCUCCUUCGCCGUGCUCUCCGUCCUGUGCGUCAUGCUCCUGCCCGAGAGCAAGCGCAAGCCGCUGCCGGACUCGCUGAAGGACGGCGAGGGCCAGCGGCGGCCGCCCCUCUUCCUGUCCCGCGCCGAGCGCGAUGACCUCCCGCUGCUCCGCUCGCGCCCCCGGCCCUCCGAGUACAACCCCGACAGCUACUCCCGCCUGGUUGCCGCCACCAAGAAGAUGCUGGCCAAGGACACGGUGCCCUACAAGAUCGGCCUGCCUCCACAGCCCCCUCUGCUGGCCAGCAACGGGAGCGCGCACGGGUUGCUAGGCAGCCAGGGGCUACGCGAGGAGGACUCUUCUUAGGUCCUGGCCCCUUCCCAUCGCACCCCCUCUUCCCCUGGACGGGUCGCCCUCCCCUCUCCCCUCACCUGGAGAGCAAGCCAGGCGCAAAAUGCUGACCUGAAUGGACCUGAAUGAUGGGGGUUUUUUUUGGGGGGGGGGGGGGGCUGAAACAGUCCCUGUUAGUGUGUCACUCACUGAUUCCCUGAUCAGUUUUAUUUUUUAUUUCUUUUGUGGGAAGGGGCAAAACUGAGCUCCACCCCCAAUCGCUCAACGAGGGGGUCGGCAGAAGACCGCGCGUGUCCGUCCCUUUUCCUCCGUACCGCGAAGAGACUCGCCGUCGCCCUCCGCAGGCGCGGCCCAGCGUUGCCGUGGCGCGCGCGCGACGCCAAGCGCUCCGCGACCACUGACGGCCAUUUUGGAUCUGGUCCGUGCCGGUCCUUAUUUCAUUUGCACUCGUGCUUCCCGUUACAGCCGCCAUGUGACUGCGGACGCCUGCUGACAAUGCAACCCCCCAGCGUAACGUGUGCUGUCUGACACACUCCAAUGGACCGGUGCCCUACGCAAAAAAAACUGGACUGCUGAUUCAGGAGGAACUGUUAUGCAAUGUUCUGUUUUUCUUUUCCUUUUUUUUUUUUUUGAGAGGGUGGGGGCCGGCCGUUGGAGUAAAAGGUUUGGCUCUUUGUGGAGUCUGGGUCGGUGAGGGACCAUGGCGCCCUGUCUGCAAACUCACAGAUACUUGAUUUUCCUUUCGUACGUGUUUAUUUACUCAGAAGGGGUUACGGAGCACGGCGUUGCCUCAAUCCCAGCCUGAACGGGUGUGCUCUUUAAGACCCAGAGGAGCACGCGGUCAGCCCUGUUAAAAACACAGGGCAGAAAUAUGAAUACGGGUCAGGUGGAUAGAUAUGACUGUGCAGUUGUGUUUCGCAUGUGUGUCGGUGCUAGAUUUUGGGAGUGCUGUGAGUUUUUUUUUUUUUCUUUUCUCUCUUCUCACUAUGUGUCUUGGUGAGUCAGCUGAAUCGUAAUUGUCAUGUUUUCAAUAAUUAAGUUCAAAAGAAAUGUAUUUUAUACUAAAAAAAACAACUAUUGAAUGUCCUCGAUGGUGCCUUACAUUUCUUUUCAAAGAUGGUUGGCUCUUGUGGGGCACAUAAUUUGCAUAAGGGGCAGUUGCUUUAUAUAUAUAAAUAAACUUGCCUAUGACUGGACCAAACGUGUCACAUGAGGAGUUUAAACAAUUGGAGCACCCUUCCAAGAGCACAUCUCCACACUGAGAUGUGCACUAGCUGCUGAGGAACAGGUGUGCCUGGCUGGAGGGUGUGUCUGAUGCAUUUUUUGCAUGAGCCAAAAUGAGUCCCAUUCGCGGUUAGAAUCGGAGUAAGAGCUCUAAGUGUAGAAGUGCAGUGAUAUUGUGCGCAGUGGCCGUUGAGGUGGGGCCUAAGUCUUUAGCAUAGGUCUCUGCUUCACCCUGCAGCCACGCCCUCUGAGGAAGCCGGGCUGCUUGGACAUGCCCCCUGUGCAUUGUGGGUAAUGAGAUAGCUAUCCUGAGCCAGAAAUCAUGGCAAAAAGAAUUGCUAUUGUUGUCCUAUUCUGUGUUUGGAGAAACAGAAUUUCUUUAUCAAUUUUCAGUUUUAAAAAAACACAAAAUCGACAAAACUAUUUGUUACUGGAAAGAUGCCAACUUGUUUUCCAUCUUUUGUCUUGAUGUGGUUGGAAAUGCUAAGAAAAUUUAUGCGGUUUAUGACGUUGAACUGUUACAUUUCAUUUCGCUUCAUGUCCAGCCUUGCUGGCCAAUAUUUGUACCGAAUCAUGUUCUGUCCAGCUCUGCUCUGCUUUUUUACUGUCAAUCUAAAGUGCUUGGAUACAAACUGCAAUGAAAAAUCAUUUCAAAAAGCUCAAAAGGGUGGGCUGUUUUCUUCACAAAUCCCCACUGGCUCCAUAUGCAUCAACAAUUCCCUGAAAUUUUACAAAUGAACAAAUUCCCAACAAAGUAGGUCUGUUUCCGAAAUAAUGUGAGAAUUAAUUAGAAGGGAAGUUGUCUCUGCUGUCUUGCAGUGCAGCUUGGAGGAGUGUGUUUAUAUUCUGCUGUUCCACAGGCUCCAAACAGGCGCUGGCCUCGGUUGGUUGAUUAUAAACACUGGUUGAUCUCCACAGCAUCUGCUCCACACUACUGCUUGUCACCGACCCCCAGUUAAAGAGCUCUAUUCAUUUCACCCAGCUAUGAAAAUGUCAGCCGUUGCACUUGUAAGUACUUGUCGGUGCUAGAUUUUUGAUUUGUGUAUGCUUAAUUCGCUAUAUGGGAAUGGGAAUCCUGGAACAAGCGGCCAAGCUUUAGACUCCUGCCUUCCCAUCACAACCUCUGCGAACCAUAGACGUCUCCACAUUGCACUCAUCUGAGACCAUUCGGUUCACAUCAGGACAUUAAUUUGAUCUGGAGCUCUAUGGAAAUUCACAUCUUCCCGCUGGACGAUGAUUGAUGUGCAGAUGAAUUUAGCUCUGUAGGCUGCUAAAUGCACGUAACUUCGUGAACAUGGUAAUGACUCCAUUUGAGCACAUGGAUCCUUAGUCACGUUCGGCUGUUUGUUUUUGUGUUACUGCUUAUCGAGCAGUGUUCGCUUUUGCCAUUGGACAAUACGACUCUCACAGUGCAUCAACAUGUUAAUGAGCGUGUUUGAUCAUCUCUAUUUCUUAUAAUGAUCCGUAACUGCUUUUUUUUUUUUUUUUUUUACAAAUUUCUAAACUCGGAAAAUUGUCAAAUUAUCCCUUUGAAGUGAAGUAUGUUAUUUAUAAGCACACAUACUUCAGGUCUGACAUGGCAGAUCUGUUCCGUCUGAACGUUCGCUUAUGAUUGGUUGCCUACAAAAUGGUCGCACCACAGAGCAUUCAAAUGUAAAUGCUGUUACACAAUAAACAUGGCCUCCAAAUGGUCAAUACCAAAA